CCUUGUUUCACGAUUUGGCGGUGGCGCCCUCGAUUGGCUGGCUGGGCCCGUCCUUUGACCCCCGUCAGCGGCCUCAUUGAUGGAGGAUGGAUCCAACAUCAUCAUCACCCAUCAUCCCCAUCAUCACCAUCGUCCUAUGCGUGCAUGCAUCCAUGCACACAUGCGCUGGCUGUCCGGCAGACAAAGACGCCGAGCAUCAAAGAAGAAACCACCACGCCGAAUCAAGGUCAAACAGCAUCCUCCAGGUCAACGUGCCACGCUUUGUUUCGAGUCUCUCUUUCUCCUGCACACGGAGGCUGACAGCUGCCACACACAUACACACACACAUACACAUGGCUGACGGCCGCAGAUUGGCAUCAUUCGGUACACCUGUAAAAUCAUAUUCGCAGCAAUCAAUAUAUGCAUGCUUUGCAAAGUUUGCACGUACAAUGGUACACCUCCACAGCUCAUGGUUUGUCUGAUUCGUGGCUCGGCUCCAUCGCCGUUCCUGACUUGUGGCACUUCACCAUUUGCCUAAUCACUUUUCAAUUAUCCCCCUCCCUUUCACACUGCAUGGCUGCUACACCAUCAAUUCAUCGUCAAUGCCGUCCAAUACUCGUCUCCCUGAACUCUCCUCCUUCACACGCGAGAUUAAAAUGCAGCACCAGAGCGAAACCUUCUCAUCGAGCAUCGUGACCCCAGCUAGAUGCCCAUAUAAUUCUUCAGUGGUGUGCUAACACGCAAUCUCCCCACCGCUCACACAUGGUCAAUCAAUCUACCGGCAGCAACCCCACAGUUCCACCGAACACGUUCCCGGCAGAGUCGCACUCAUACCCGUUAGGGCUCCCGACUCGACUCGACUCGACUCGACAGGACUUGGACCUGCAUGGCUGGCUGGCUGGCUGCCCACUUCCGCCGCCAGUCGCUCUGGUUGGUGCUCCGCCUCUGUCCGGCCCGCCUCCUCAGCCUGAGACCGCCGUGAAACACAACUUCCAACACUCUUGCUCGCUGUUGAUCCUCACCUAUCCAACUUCUUUGUUGCUUCUUCUUCAUCUUCUUAUUUUUCUUUCCUUAGACAACAAUCGCAUUCAAACUCAAUGCUAUAUUGCACCUUUUUUUCUACCAUCCUUACAAUCCCAACAUGGUCUCAUCCCAUCCAGCCCACCCAAUGGUACUCCUAUCUGUUCCUUUAAAACCCAUGCUUGA